AUGGUGCAUAUUGAUGAAAAAUGGUUUUAUAUGAGUGAUGAGACUCAAAGAUUUUAUCUUUUCUCGUGGGAGGAUGACCCAUACAGAGCAACUCAGAGUAAAAAUUUCAUGGAAAAGGUUAUGGUUAUGGUUGGGAUUGCUAGACCUCAUAUUUGUAAUGAUGGGGAAAUAUUUUGGGAUGGAGAAAUUGGUGUUUUUUCUUUCACAGAACAGGUAGCAGCAAAGAAAAACUCAAAGAAUAGAGUGGCAGGCACAGUUAAGACAAAGGCUUUGCAAUCACUUACUAAAUUUGUUAUCAGAUCAGUGUUAAUUGAUGAAAUGCUUCCAGCAAUCAGAUUGAAAUGGCCUUUAGGAGCAUGCAAGGAAAUAUGGAUACAACAAGACAAUGCUAGACUCCAUAUCAGCCCUAAUGAUACAAAUUUCUUAGAAGCUGUAACUAUGGAUGGUUUCAACAUCAGGCUUAUAAACCAGCCAGCCCAAAGCCCAGACUUGAAUAUUCUGGAUUUGGGUUUUUUCAGAGCCGUUCAAUCAAUACAAUAUAAGGAAUUCCCAAGAAGUUUAGAAGAGUUACUACAAGCAAUUGAAAAUGCAUACAAUACAUAUGAUCCGAAGUCUUUGAAUUUCACUUGGUUGCACACGCAGUACUGUAUGCUGGAAAUACUUAAGGUAAAUGGCGGAAAUGGUUAUAAAACCCUCACAAUGGAAAGAGAAGGCUUUAAAGAAUGGGACAACUGCCCGUUCAAAUAG